GAAAGAAAAGAAAAAAGAAAAAAAAAUUCCGUGAGAAGAGGGAAAAAAUUUGGCUAAAAAAAAAGUUGCUACUUCUGGCAGCCCUGGUUUGUCAAAAGGGGAUGUCAAGCGCUUUACAAUACCUGGGAUUGAUGAGGCGGGCGGGCCAAUGAGCUGCGCGCGGCGCCUCGGCGCGCCCUCCGUUGGCGCGGCGGCUGAGGGCGGGGGGAAUGCGGACGCACCAAUGGGCGCCAGCGUCGGCAGCACGUGACACCUCCCCCCUGCUCCCAUUCAUCAAGGGGGGGACGGUGUCGUCCUUUCAAUUCAUUUAUCUGCAGGAAUGAUUGCUGCUAUCAGUCUCGCGCUCACCGCCCGGCUGAGGAGGUGAAAGUUUCUCCCCAGGAAGAUAAACCGCAAAAGACAAUAUUGUGCAUGAUUUGCGCCUUUUCUUUGGCAUUUUCUUUCUUUCUUCUCCCCCCACCCACUUUUUUUUUUUUUUUUUUUUUUUUUUUUUUUUUUGCAAAAAGCAGAGAGGGAAAAACGGAGAGUGAAGGAGCGAGGAGGCGAGCGUGAGAGAAAGGAGAGAGAGAGAAAAGAAAGGGCGAGGGGCUAGUGGAGAAGUAAGGAGGGGCGCGCUGCGCGAGGCGGAGAGAGGGCGAAGCAGUCGCGGCACUGGCGCUCACAUUCCUCUAUGCUACAAAUCCAGGAGGAAGUUUUUUUGGGGGGGCUGAGAUGCUCCAUGCCUUUCCCCGGGCAGCCUUGACGCGCGGCCCUCUCGGCAGAGACUGAGCGGCGAGAAAGUGCGAGCCGGGCCGGCAGAAUCUGCCUGGCGGGCGCUGGAGCCUGCGUUACUCGCGGCCCGCAGCCGUCCGGCUACUUUGCGUUUGGCCCGGCCAGCGCCCGGGCGCGCCGCGCCAUUGCCUGCAGGCUAGGACUUCGCGAGGUGGGUCGACUCCCCCUCCCUCCUCCUCUUCUUCCUCCUCUUCCUCCUCCUCUUGUUCCUCCUCCUCCUCCCGAUUUUCCCUCCUCGGCUGGCGAGGGUGGGGGGGGCGGGGGAGGCCGGGGCUCGCCCCGAGCAGCCACGAUGCUCCUGGACGCCGGCCCCCAGUACCCAGCGAUCGGCGUGACCACCUUUGGCGCGUCCCGCCACCACUCCGCGGGCGACGUGGCCGAAAGAGACGUGGGCCUGGGCAUCAACCCGUUCGCCGACGGCAUGGGCGCCUUCAAGCUCAACCCCAGUUCGCACGAGCUGGCUUCGGCCGGCCAGACGGCCUUCACGUCGCAGGCGCCAGGCUACGCGGCUGCUGCGGCCCUGGGCCAUCACCAUCACCCGGGCCACGUCGGCUCCUAUUCCAGCGCAGCCUUCAACUCCACGCGGGACUUUCUGUUCCGCAACCGGGGUUUUGGCGACGCGGCGGCGGCAGCCAGCGCACAGCACAGCCUCUUUGCUGCAUCGGCCGGGGGCUUCGGGGGCCCACACGGCCACACGGACGCCGCGGGCCACCUCCUCUUCCCCGGGCUUCACGAGCAGGCUGCCGGCCACGCGUCGCCUAACGUGGUCAACGGGCAGAUGAGGCUCGGCUUCUCGGGGGACAUGUACCCGCGACCGGAGCAGUACGGCCAGGUGACCAGCCCGCGUUCGGAGCACUAUGCUGCGCCGCAGCUGCAUGGCUACGGGCCCAUGAACGUGAACAUGGCCGCGCAUCACGGCGCCGGCGCCUUCUUCCGCUACAUGCGCCAACCCAUCAAGCAAGAGCUCAUCUGCAAGUGGAUCGAGCCCGAGCAGCUGGCCAACCCCAAAAAGUCGUGCAACAAAACUUUCAGCACCAUGCACGAGCUAGUUACGCACGUCACCGUGGAGCACGUAGGUGGCCCGGAGCAGAGUAAUCACAUCUGCUUCUGGGAGGAGUGUCCGCGCGAGGGCAAGCCCUUCAAAGCCAAAUACAAACUGGUUAACCACAUCCGCGUGCACACGGGCGAGAAGCCCUUUCCCUGCCCCUUCCCUGGCUGUGGCAAGGUCUUCGCGCGCUCCGAGAAUUUAAAGAUCCACAAAAGGACGCACACAGGGGAGAAGCCCUUCAAGUGCGAGUUUGAGGGCUGUGACCGGCGCUUCGCUAACAGCAGCGACCGCAAGAAGCACAUGCACGUGCACACGAGCGACAAGCCCUAUCUUUGCAAGAUGUGCGACAAGUCCUACACGCAUCCCAGUUCGCUGCGCAAACACAUGAAGGUCCACGAAUCCUCCUCGCAGGGCUCGCAGCCUUCGCCGGCCGCCAGCUCUGGCUACGAAUCCUCCACGCCUCCCACCAUCGUGUCUCCCUCCACAGACAACCCGACCACAAGCUCCUUAUCGCCCUCCUCCUCCGCAGUCCACCACACAGCCGGCCACAGUGCGCUCUCUUCCAAUUUUAACGAAUGGUACGUUUAAAAUCAGAAACAAAACAUCGAACAAAACCCUAUUUAAGAGACUGAUCACACACGUAUACACAACAUUACUGAAAGAACCCUGCGAAUCAAAACAACCCCCACACAGACCCCGCAAUCCUUUUUUAAAAAAUCUGCCAAUAGACCCAGGACGAGUAAGAGAGGAAGCAUCAACCUUUUAAAAAUUUCCUUUCGCUUUCAUUAUUUUUCUUUUUUUGGCAAAGGCUUGGUACCCAAGGUGCGGUAGGGGGUCGAGGGGGAGGAGGCCACCUGACCAAAUGCCGCCAACCCCGAGGGCCAGUUUCUUGUCGGAUUGGUACGGGCUCUCUGGGGCUUCGGCUUCUUUUUUUCUUUGUUUUCUUGUAAAUACAGAAUUAUUAGCUUAAAACUGUACUGUUGAAUUCUGUAAAUAGUUAUAUCUCGGUUGGAGCGGGUGGGUGGGAUUGUGGCGUUGUGGUCUUUGCAUUGGGGGAGGGGGGAGGGACCGGAUGGGCGGGGGGAGGGGGAGGGGUGGGCGGCCGAAAGCCAACUGUUUGUACUGAAUGGCAAGAAUGUUCUAGUAAAUGUGUACCAAAAUGUGAAUUACUUUGUACGAUUACAGUCUCCACGUCGACCUAACCCAAUAUUAUUGGUAUUAAUGUGCUUUUUUUGUAUAAAGUGCAAACAUUUCGUCCCAAAGUCUAAGUACUUUAGUGCAGUAAAAUGUUGUUUCACGUCCUGUCAAGAAUUCGUAUAGUACGAGCCUGGAUCUGCGUGUCAAACUGUUCCAUUUGUUUAUGUAAAGUGAUAUUAAAAAAGAUAUAAACUAUAACUGUCCGUUACUUUUGGCAAAAGAUACAACCACAUAAUGUAUAUAAUUCCUAGUUUCCAUAUUUAUCCGCAUGUAAAGGGCCGGUUUAUCCAUGUUACAGCUCUUCAAUAUUUAUGGCUAGAAGAACUCGUAUGUACACUUUAGUUUCCAGAACUGUUUGGUAACCUUUCGUACCUUAUUAAAGAUUCUUAAAUCUC